ACAACAAACAAGCAUACCCUUCAAACCCCUCAAAAUUACCAUUCAUCCACUUCUUCCUCCUCAUUCAUUCUCAGACCAAAACAACCACCCCACCGUUCUUCCAAUGUCGGACCGCGCCACCGGUUCGGUCCAACCACCUCGACCCGAUUCCUCCGGCCGGUACGGCCGCUUCGGCGGCAAGUACGUCCCGGAAACUCUCAUGCACGCCCUCACCCAACUCGAAUCCGCAUUCCACUCCCUCGCUUCCGACGCACACUUUCAGAAGGAGCUCGCGGAGACUCUGCGGGACUACGUGGGUCGCGAGAGCCCCCUCUACUUCGCGGAGAGGCUCACGCGCCACUACGCGCGCGGCGGCGACGGCGGCGGAGGGCCCGAGGUGUAUCUGAAGAGGGAGGAUCUUAACCACACGGGUGCGCACAAGAUCAACAAUGCGGUUGCUCAGGCCUUGCUUGCGAGGAAAUUGGGGAAGAGAAGGGUGGUUGCUGAGACCGGUGCUGGACAGCAUGGGGUUGCCACUGCCACUGUGUGUGCCCGGUUUGGGCUGGAGUGUGUGGUUUAUAUGGGGGCUCAGGAUAUGGAGAGACAGGCUCUUAAUGUGUUCAGGAUGCGCCUUUUGGGCGCUGAGGUCAGAGCAGUUCAUUCUGGUACUGCUACGCUGAAGGAUGCUACAUCGGAAGCAAUAAGGGAUUGGGUGACCAAUGUGGAGACAACACAUUAUAUUUUGGGUUCUGUUGCAGGGCCACAUCCGUAUCCAAUGAUGGUUAGAGAGUUUCAAGCAGUUAUUGGCAAAGAAACAAGAAAGCAAGCAUUGGAAAAGUGGGGAGGGAAGCCAGAUGUUCUGGUUGCAUGUGUUGGUGGUGGUUCGAAUGCCAUGGGACUUUUUCAUGAAUUUAUUGAUGACAAAGAUGUUAGACUGAUUGGUGUGGAGGCUGCUGGGUUGGGCCUAGAAAGUGGUAAGCAUGCAGCUACCUUAACCAAAGGAGAAAUUGGGGUUUUGCAUGGAGCAAUGAGUUAUCUUUUGCAGGAUGAUGACGGGCAAAUAAUUGAGCCUCACUCCAUUAGUGCAGGGUUGGACUACCCUGGGGUUGGACCAGAGCAUAGUUUCUUGAAAGAUGUAGGGCGUGCUGAAUACUACAGUGUUACUGAUGAAGAAGCACUGGAAGCCUUUAAGAGAGUAUCUCAGCUGGAAGGUAUUAUUCCAGCUUUGGAGACAUCUCAUGCUCUGGCUUAUCUAGAGAAACUCUGCCCUACCCUUCCAAAUGGAACUAAGGUUGUGGUUAACUGCAGUGGCCGAGGGGAUAAGGAUGUUCAAACUGCCCUUAAGUAUUUGAAUGUUUGAAAGUAAGGGUUGUGUUCUGCUAGACUGCUACAUUGCUAUGACAUGAUUGAGUCUCCAGCGUAGCUCAACAGCUUGGCUCUUGAAUGGCUUUCUUUCUAGAGUUUGAGGCAGAUUACUUGUGAAGAAAUUGAUUUGGGAAUACUUCACCUUGUGAAACCAACAUGUGAUUUAGAAAUUUUAAAAAUGUUAUAAGGAAUUACAGGAUGUUGUCUUUGUUAAAAUAUUUAUGAAUCAUAGGUGAAUAAUAGAUAUAAUUCAGUUUUGGCAGGGGUAUGUAAUGUAACUAAGCCUAUUUCAGUUUUGUCAUGGUCCAUGUUGUUAAAUCUAUAGUUCGAAAUAUCAAAACAAAGGGACAACUCUGAAGAGUUACAUGGAGAACUAAUAUUAAACUGUUCAUUUUCAUA